AUGGAGAAACGUUCAGAUUCAGAGAGUGUAGAGAUUUUGGGUGAUUGGGAUUCACCUCCUCCGGAAGAAAGAAUCGUAAUGGUUUCUGUUCCCACUUCACCAGAAUCUGAUUACGCGAGAUCGAAUCAACCGAAAGAGAUCGAAUCUAGGGUUUCAGACAAGGAAACAGCGUCGGCAUCCGGAGAAGUGGCUGCGAGGAGGGUGUUGCCGCCGUGGAUGGAUCCGUCGUAUGAAUGGGGUGGUGGCAAAUGGAAAGUGUUUGAAGUGGCACCAUCGUUGCACGUGGUAGAGCUUAGGAAAACCGGCGAUGAUACCCUCGAGUUUCACAAGUUCUACAAAAACAUCUGGAUUGGAGGAUGUAGUCUGGAAUACUGA